UUCUGGGCUGAGGCGGCCGCGGCCUCGUGGGCAGAGACGGCGGCAUGGACAGCCUCUUCGUGGAGGAGGUGGCCGCCUCCCUGGUGCGGGAGUUCCUCAGCAGAAAGGGCUUAAAGAAGACAUGUGUGACCAUGGACCAGGAACGCCCACGCUCCGACCUCAGCAUAAACAGCAGAAACGAUCUCCGCAAGGUUUUGCAUCUUGAAUUUCUCUACAAGGAGAACAAGGCAAAGGAAAAUCCUCUAAAAACAAACCUCGAACUCAUUACCAGAUACUUUCUGGAUCACUUUGGGAAUACUGCUAACAAUGUCACUCAAGAAACACCAAUUCCUGCACUCUCAAUUCCAAAGAAAAAUGUCAAAUCACCACCGAGAUGCUCAGAGACCACGCUGGUGAAUAUAUAUGACCUUGCAGAGGAAGAUGCAGGAUGGAGAACAUCGUUGUCAGAAACAAGCAAAGCCAGACAUGACCGUCUUGAUGGGAUUUUACUUGGUAUUUGUAUCACAAAAGGCCCCCACACCAAACGUACGCCCAGCAGGCCUGUCCCAGGUGUGAAAGUCCCCCGGGCCCGCAAGGUAGAAGACUGUAAGGAUUACGUUGUCAUGAAAACUUCCCUGGACGAAAGGAUGGGAGAGAGAUCAGGCCAAAGGUCUGGCCUGAUUGUCCGAGGCAUGAUGACCGGCCCAAUCGCCAGUUCCCCACAGGAUUCCCUUCGCAAGCGCUCCCUGAGGCGGUCCCUGUCCUUGAGCAGCGGCGCCCCCCAGGCCUCCGAGGAAGAGGGCCAGAAAGUGCCUGAGCUUUCCGCUGGUGCCCCGGCCCAUCCUGCAGCCCAGGAGGGCCUGGCGUCCAGCACUGGCUCCGCUUCCAGAAGUCCCCUGGGCCCACUCAGUGAGCUGACCUCAGAAAAACAGAAAACCACACCCAGCAGCCCCCCUCACUUGCCCAGCAAAGGGCUCCUGCAGAGGGGGAGCGGCAGGUGGCGAGAUCUUGCAGAGGACAGCCCAGCUGUGGACAGUGGCUCGGAGGGCAACAGGAUGCCCUCGAAGUUCUCCUUGCCAGGUGGGAGUGCCAGGACGACCCAGGAGAGGCUGGAGAGAGCGUUCACACGGCAGGGGACCCAGCCCCUGCCCCUCAGGAAAAAUCAAUUGCCAGUGUCCAGCAAGGCUGAUGGGGAGCUGAGCGUUUUGCAGCUUGAGGAUGUGGAGGAUGAAUUGGUAAGGGAAGAAGUCAUCCUGUCUCCAGUCCCAUCCAUGCUCAAGCUGCAGAUAGUGUCAAAGCCAAUCGACCUCUCAGUGGCCAAGGACAUAAAGGCCCUUCUGUUUGGUUCCAGCUUUUGCUGUUUCAAUGAGGAAUGGAAACUUCAGAGUUUUUCCUUUAAUGACAAAGCCUCGUUAAAAUACGGCAUCGUGCAGAACAAGGGGGGUCCCUGUGGGGUUCUGGCAGCUGUCCAAGGCUGUGUCCUACAAAAACUCCUGUUUGAAGGAGAUAGCAAAGCUGACUGCGUUCGGCCGCUGCAGCCUUCCAAUGCCCACAGGACCCACUGCCUCGCCCUGGCCAUCGCGGACAUUGUGUGGCGGGCCGGGGGCCAUCAGAGAGCCGUGGUCACACUGGCUUCAGGAACACAGCAUUUCAGUCCAACAGGGAAAUACAAAGCAGAUGGAGUCUUAGAAACACUCACACUGCACAGUUUGACCUGCUAUGAGGAGCUGGUGACUUUUCUUCAACAAAGCAUCCAUCAGUUUGAAGCGGGUCCCUACGGAUGCAUCCUGCUCGCCCUGUCUGCCAUCCUGUCCAGGUCCACGGAGCUGGUUCGCCAGGACUUCGACGUCCCCACCAGCCACCUGAUUGGAGCACAUGGAUACUGCACCCAGGAACUUGUCAAUCUGCUCCUGACCGGGAAAGCAGUGUCCAAUGUUUUCAACGAUGUGGUUGAGCUAGAUUCUGGGAACGGGAACAUCACACUGCUGAAAGGCAUUGCUGCGCGCAGCGACAUCGGAUUCCUAUCUCUGUUUGAGCACUACAACGUCUGCCAGGUGGGCUGCUUCCUGAAGACUCCGAGGUUCCCCAUCUGGGUGGUGUGCAGUGAGAGCCACUUCAGCGUCCUCUUCAGCCUGCAUCCGGAGCUCCUGAGGAACUGGAGGGCUGAGAGGCUCUUCGACCUGUACUACUACGACGGCCUGGCCAACCAGCAGGAGCAGAUCCGGCUGACCGUGGACACCACCCAGACCAUCCCUGAGGACAGAGACAAUGACCUCGUCCCACCCCUCGAGCUCUGCAUCAGAACCAGGUGGAAGGGGGCAUCGGUGAACUGGAACGGCUCCGACCCCAUCCUGUGACCUUUCCUGUGGGUAAGCCUAUGGCUCCACCACUCAUCACUGGGGGUGACAGCUGAGCCCCAGGCCUCAGAGACAAGUCCUUAAGAAGAGCGUCCCUCCUGUCUGGACCAGCAAUGCUCCAGAAGUGUCCAGAACCUCCCUGCCCCUUCCAUGAAGGGCCCCCAGGACGGUGAUGAGGGCCCAGCGUGCUGCUACGUGGCUUCCUCUCAGCUGAGCCGUGACUGCCAAGGAUUGGACCACCUCUGCCACUUUUUGUCUGCGUCCCUCCCUUGCACCCUGCUGGGCUGCCUGUCCCCUCAUCAAGCCUGUGAUAUGGUCAGCCCGGGGACCCCGGGUUCAUUAUUUCUGGUAGUUGGCUUUUUAUAAAGCAGAAGUCAAACCCUUGCUAAGGACA